AUGUCCUCAUCCUCGACCCCACCAUUCCACCGCCUCCUCUCCUUCUACUCCAACCGCAACCCGCACGACUCCCAAACCAUCCGCCUCCAAGACUCCCUCCGCGGAAACCUCUCACUCGGCCUAGACUUCCCCGUCGCCCUCGCCGUCGCCCUCGGUCGCCACCUCUACCUCAAAAACACCACCUUCUUCAGCCUGAACAUCCACGUCCCGUCCGUGAAAUGGCAUACCACCCCUCUCCACGGCGUGGAAGUCGAUGAGAAGAAAGAGUAUACUCGCGCGGAAAUCAUGGAGGUGGUGAGACGGGAGAAGGGGUUUAUGGCGGGACUGGAUGCGUUGGGGGUGUGGGCGUUGGCGGCGGAUGUGAAGACUGGACGGGUUAAGGGAGGGGAUGUGCUGGCUUUUCAGGAGGGGAGGUUGCUUGGGGAGGUGGAGAGGAGGAGGAAGGGGAGGGAGCAGGUGUUGCCGCUUUGGAGGGGUGGGCCGAUUAGUGUGGCGGGACAUAGUUGGUUUGUGGGGAGGAUCUUUGGGGUGGAGGUUUAUCGGGAGGGUGGGGGGAGGGGGGAGGUUAUGAUGGCAACCUGCCCCGAGAGUGCAGUGCAAGAUGCGUCCAAUACCACAUCAGACGGCAGACUCGCAAGCCUCGAUCCUCGCGAAAACAUGCUUGCGGCAUUUCAAGACGAUUUCAAUGGAUCAGACUGGAGCAUACGCAUUCGGCCCUCGAAGCAUGUCUUCGGCAAACCGACUCAAUCCGAAAGGACGUCGAGACAUCUCUGUACAUUGUACUGGGAGACAGCGAAACGAUGUAGGAUCGUUGCCACAGCCGAGACACGCGGACACCUACACAAAGGACAUCGCAGCACUUCAACGACAUCGCAAUACAAUGACGAUAUCUCAUCAGCACAUCGACGACACUGCAGCACAUUCAGCGAGAUGAGCAGCUAG